AUGGGGACAAAGCUAGAUCUCGGGAUGUCAGGCACAGGACACCUUCCUAAGGGAAAGCACCAGAGGCAUUCACAAAAGAAACAAACCAUGUUCACUGAGAAACAACUAGCCAAUUUGGAAUUCUUGUUCAGCAAGAACAAGAAAGAAAUUCUUCAGAAAGAAAUGGCCUCAAAACUGGAGAUCCAUCCCACUGUACUGCAGGUUUGGUUCAAGAACCACAGAACAAAACCCAAGAAAGCCAAACAACAGCAAUUAGCUGGGGUGGAAGUCAAGACCAGCUCUUCCAAGAGACACAUGGCUGCGGCUCCAGGAUCCCAGGAUGGUGCCUACCCUGCUUCCCUGAUGUACACAGAUCACCCCGUACCUUCCUUCCAACUCAGCAUAUGCUCUGAUUGGAAGGCUCUCCCAGACCAUUCUGUUGGUCACAACACAGUCCAUUUUGUCUGCUGCCAAGAUCUUAACAUCUACUCCCUUUGUCCCAUUUUGGAAUCUCAAAUUCUUUCCACAAGCUUCACUGCUAAUUCUUUUAGUUCUUCAUCUCCACAAAGAACCUAA